AUGAUAUCAGCUGGAACAACGUCACUGUCUGUUUCAACAAUACUGACUACAAUGACAUCAGCCUCGAUAACACCCAAGCCACUGCCAGGUAAAACCGAACUUCCGUCUUUAAUUUUCCGAAAGUGCUUAUCUAGGAUAAAGGAUAUAGGAUAAAGAUCCAUACUUAAAGUAACUACUCGAUAUUUUUUUUUUUCCUGCAAUUAAAAUCUUUGGUUCGUUACACUGGUGUCAGAAAUAAAUUUUCGUUUAUAAACUUUCUGUUAGUGACGUCAUUUAGAACAAGCACACCACUUUCUACAAUGAUAUCAGCUGGAACAACGUCACCGUCUGUUUCAACGACACUGACUACGAUGACAUCAGCCUCGAUAACACCCAAACUACUGCCAGGUAAGGACCAAACUUCCGUCUUUAAUUUUCCGAAAGUGCGUAUCUAGGAUGAUAAAGGAUAAAGGAUAAAGAUCUAUGCUCAAAGUAAGUAGUCGAUAUUUUUUUUCCUGAAAAUUAAAAUCUUUGGUUCGUUAUAUAUUGUUGUCAGAAAUUUAAGAGGUAAAUUUUCACUUAUUAACUUUCUUUUAGUGACGCCGUUUAGAACAAGCACACCACUUUCUACAAUGAUAUCAGCUGGAACAACGUCACUGUCUGUUUCAACAACACUGACUACGAUGACAUCAGCCUCGAUAACAUCCAAACCACUGCCAGGUAAAACCGAACUUUCGUCUUUAAUGUUCCAGAUUGAAAGUGCGUAUCUGAAAGUGUGUAUUUGGUAGACAAUCAAAUUAAAAGCAGCAUUGAGGCAGUAUUAGCAACUUUGUCUACACAUUCUAUUACAGCCUCUCCCACCAAGAGCUCAACGCCGAAAUCGAACGCUGAAGAGAAA